AUGCAGUUCACGGAACUGAGCGAACUGAACCACGUCGUGGGGCUCAUGCGGCUCGCGGCGUGCAACAGCCCGACGUUCCACGACCGUCAGGACUCAGAGGUCGACCGUAUCUACAACUCGUCGCCGAAGAUGGAAGUGCAGCUCCGGAACUCGUGGAUUGACAAGAUGACAGCGUUCAAACCGCAGGCGUCGGUUUCGGGCUUGGGAACGGCUCUUGCGGGCAAGAAACCAGCGCCCAAAUGCUUACGCAAAGGCAGUACAGCCAGUGGGUUUGUCGUGACUGCGGCGGCGGCGGGGGCAAAAGCUGGAGACGAGACAGCGGCCGCUGGCAAGACGAGGGACGGGCGAGAGAAGAGCGCGGCAGGCGGUCCGGGGCAGCAGUCGAGACGACGGCCGUCGACGCAGAUAUCGGGACGUGGCGACAAGAAAAGCGCUGCAGUGGCUGGUGCAAAGAGUGAGAGCAAAGCAGAGAGUGCGACGGUCGAAGCUGCAGACGAUGCAAAGGGUGGGGACGACGGGUUUACGUUCGAGAGGGAGGAGGUGCUGCCUGUGUCGUUCCACGAGACGUCGUUGCUGGACAAAGCUCUCAAGGGUCCAGCAGCAUCGGCUCUAGGGGCGAGGCCGCCUAUGAUGGGAGCCGAUGGAAGUGCCGUGUUGCAUCUGACGAUCUACUUGCCUACGAGGGACGAGAUGAAGAUUGAUCUGUACGACGUGUCGACGGUCGAUGAGGCGAUUCAGGAGCUACUGCGAGUGCACCAGGCGAACGCGCGCCAGCCGACGCUGUAUUAUGGACACCCCGAGUGUUACGAACUUCGACUGCACGAUUCGGAUGGCAUUCCCGACGAAGACUUUCCAGCGCUUGAUCGGUCACGGAAAAUCAAGAACUUUGGUGAUGCUGGCGGCCACGAGUACUGUUUGUGCGAGCGGCCAGAUGCUUGCCCGCCGACAGGCGAUACAGCUCCUGAUACUGCCGCACCUGCCGCUGUGGCGAAGCCAAGCGCUGCUGCUGCGAAAGCACCCUUAACUAACGACAAGGCAUUUCUCAAGAUCUUCAUGCCCAAGAGUGACGACUACACAGUGGUGGCCAUUGAUGGCACGACGGUCGGCCAAGAUUUGCUGCCGACUCUCAAUAAGAAGCACCGGCUGCAGCUCUUCCAGGAGCUGUAUGUGCUCAAGAUCAGCGAAGUCGAUCGUGACCGGCUGGACCUUGCCAGCGACGAGAUCGAUAUGCACACCAAGUUGCGGCCGCUCAAUUUGCACGAAGUAACACUCGCUACGAAAAUAUUCGCCGAUGCGCCUCAGAUAUCUGCCCCAGCUCCAUCGGCCAUGGAAAAGACUACGAACGUUGACAGUCGUUCCCGACCACCUCCGGAAACGUUCAUGUUCAAUGACGUGACAGCCGCCAUGUUCAAGGAGUGGCACAUCAUCAAGAAAAACAAGUACGGCAAGAAGCAGCAACGCAUGCUCGGUAUCGACCUCAACAAGAUCUACAACCGCAAAGUGGGCGAGCGCGUCAUCACGUCGGGCAAGUCCACGAAGAUUGCGGAGAGGCCAAUGUCCGGUGUGGUGUGGGUGCGCUUCAACCAAGAUCCGUCCGAGUUCCAGAUCUACUUCAAGGACAGUAUCGAGGAGAUCAUUACAGACUACACGGCAGACUCGCCGUACGAAUGCGCCGAGAUCGUUGCCAAGCUCAAGUACAUUCUCUCGCGUCGAAAGUGA